AUGCUCCGCCAGGCUGUCCGAGGAGGAGCUCGAUGGCACCGUGUGGUCCACAGCUCGGCCUUUUCCAGGCGCGCUUUCAGCGCUGUGAAUCCACGUCGACUUGACUUCGGCGGGCCGAACGACAAGGUUAACUUUUACGAACAAGAGACGCCCUCGAGCAAAAAUGUGCGGAAAGUCGAUCCGGAAGCCGAAGAUAUCGAAGACAAAAACGAUGUAGAGGGCGAGCUCACGAGGCUUCAAGAGGAGCUUAAAAUACUGGAAAAAGGACCUUUCACACCAGAUGGCGAGUUCAUUCAAAGCCUACCGGAGGAGGACCGGAAGAUCGCUCUGGAGGCCCUCAGUAAAUACGAGGCAGAACGCAAGCCCACCGGUGCGGAGCUGUCCCUGAGUGAUGUGUUCGACGAGGAAUUGGACGAUAUGUUGAAGGAGGAAUUCGAAGGUCUCGCGAACGAGCAAGAAAAUUGGCAGGACACCGCCAGAGACCGACGAAAAAUGGCGACCCGGAAAAGAUCAGAACAACUUGAAGAUCCAACCUCUCACGCUUCCUACCUCCGAUUCAAGGAUUCGCUACGUCGCUACACUAAAAGAACUGCCGACGAGCCUGCAAAGCAAGAUCUCUGGAAGUCUUACCGCCGAUGCAAGCAAAAUGUACCAGACUUCCUGGAAACACUUGAAAGCGACACGAUGAACUCGCUUUGGGAAUCUCAAUCUACUCGGCAGUCAUCAGCACUGACCCGGUCUGAGCAUCUUCAAAUCCUUGCCAAGGACAUGAAAUCAGUCGGUCAACCUCUGGCCAUCCCUCAGAUCCUAUCCUACAUUGAAGCUCUGCACGACGGCGGACAUGUUGCCCAGGCGCUGGAAGAAUGGGAAGCAUACCAGGCAGAACUAUCACAGAAAAAGGAGGACUUGGAAGAGUAUUGGAUGCUGGGCGUUCGGCUCUUUGCGGCUGAAAACAAUCCCCAACGAGCUCAAGACAUUGCCCUGGCAUUCCUGGCAAAUGAUCCAUCCCGUCAGCCUCGCGUUCUCAUUCCAGUCAUUACAGCUUGGGGUAGGAUGCCUGAGAAGGGUGCCGAGGUGAAGGCAUGGGCUUUGUAUUUGCAACUCAAGACUUUCUUGGGUUCAGAUAUGACCAUGGAAGAUUACGAUCGGGUGAGCAUCGGUCUGCUGUCCGCGGGCCGAUCAGAUGCCGCCGUGGCAGUGUUCAAAGACAUGAUGGUGACGGGGCAGGAUCCCGCCAACGACUCGACGGCUUUGUACAAAGCCGCUCUUGGAGUGGCUGGCAAUCUUCAGGCUUCCAGUAUUGACGAGGCGGCUGUGAAUAAAGUCUCAUUGUCCGCGCUGACAAUGCUGCCCCGUCGCUUCCACAACCGCUUCUUCUUCGCGAGUUGGAUGAAGAAGCUCAUUGGCAUGGGAGAGGUUGACUCAGCAGCCAUGGUCAUUGAGCUGAUGUACGAGCGGGGUGUCAAGCCCGAUGCGAAACACCUCAACGGUGUCAUGGCUGGCUGGCUUCGUGAUGGAAGUGCAGCUGCCCGAGACAAAGCAGAGCGACUCGGAUGGUCCAUGAUUCAACACAGAAUCGACGCUGUCUGGAAACGUUAUCAGAUUCCUGACAAAUCUCCCAAAAUUGACGUCAAGCACCAGUCACUGGAGCCGAGCCGGAUACCAAAGUUCCUGCAUCGUGAGGUGCCGGCCGCCACUAUUGAGACUUUUUCUCUCCUUCUCCUUCACUAUACCCGCCGUGGCGACGACGACAUGGUCAAAUAUCUGGCCAAAUGUCUGAGCGAUGCCCACAUUCAACCAAACUCAUACUUUAUGAACCAUCUCCUCUAUGCCGAACUUCGCAAGCAAGACAUCCGUGGCCUCUGGGCCAAAUUUGAGAUGAUGUCCAGCACCAUCCAACCUGACCUCGAGACCUUUGCAUGUCUUUGGGACUGUGCCAAAGUGCAAUAUGACCGUGGGCGUACAGCCUUUGAUGCUGGCUUCCCGUCAGCACGUCAGCUUUACUCACGGAUGGUGCAAUGGUACAUGAGCCUACCUUCUCGCGGCCAAAAAUCGAGCUCGGAGCAAUUUACCAAGGAGCUCUAUGACCAAAUCAUCCGGUGCUUCUGUCUUUCCAAAGACAUUCCGGGCACACUUGUCGCCCUUCACUCCCUGCAAAAUAUGUUUGGAUAUGGUCCGGACGAUGUGACCGCGCGGAUGAUCGUCCUCCAAGUCGCUCGUCUAGCAGGCGUGCCAGCAGGCACGCCAAAGCGACGUUUGCGACGGCUCUCCUCUACGCCUCGAAGCAAGGAAAGUAUCAGUCAAGUUACGCAGCUCUUGGAGAUGCUUGGGGAGCGCAAGUCGCUUGCUUUGCAAUCGCAGGGUGUUCACAUUGAACAACUGGAUCCGAAUGAGAAACAGCAAUAUCAACUAGAAGUCAUGUCCACCUUGCUUCGCAUUGUGCUUAGUCGGACAGAGAACUUGGACCCGGCGCGGGUCGAAGCCAAACUGGAGCAGGCGGCGGAUGACAUGUCCGUGGAAGAGAUUGAUCUUGGCCCUCCUCUCGGUGUGGACGAUAGCAAACUUUUGUAA